GCUCAACAGAUGUCAUCGACAACAUGCAACAUGAAGAGAUAGUAAAAGUAAAAGUGAUGAUACACUGGGUCAUUCAUAGUAUACUUGGUCUCAAGUGAUGAUCGGGAAUAUUUGAAAACCUACGAUAGCCAUACGAAGCACACCAUAAUGACGGCACCCGUACGACCUUUCUCUACCUUCUCCCUCCUCGUCCUCGCCUCGUUAUUACCAUCGAUCACGGCCAGCAAAAGCGUAGUGACGCUCGGCUACCAACCUUCGACCUGUACAGACGGUUGCCGGGACGCUCUCCGCCUAGCCUCAUUCGCGGACCACAACCCAACCGUAGGGUUCUAUACCGGACAAUGCACUUCCAAGCUCUUCGUUACAUCCCUAGCCGCUUGCAGUAACGCAUACUGUACCCUCAAAGAAACACGGGCUGGAUGGGAGACGUUCGAAGAGAUCUGCAAGGACUACGGAAAAGUCCGGUUGAUGAAGUUUGAAGAGGCUUUGGAGCUCGUCCCUGAGCAGGUUGAGGUGGUCAACACCUUAUCAUCGACGGACAGGAAAGAGAUUUGGGGGGAGACUAUCUUGGUCAGUCUGGAGGCUUUCGAUGCGGGAUUCAGGACGGAGCGUGCCUGGCAGCGACAGAAUACUUUGCAUCAUGCCUUCGGCUGGUGCAUGUACGUCUUCCUCGCCUUCCUUGUCAUCCUCGGCAUCUCCAACCGACUUCUGGCCACCUCCGUCCGUCGGACCCCUUUCCACCGUCUCCGUACCCCCUUCCAGACAACCACCUCUCCUUCCCUCUACACCCGCCUGAACACGUACACGACCAAGUACAUAACGGCUCCCAUGUUCUUCCGGUACAAGAACACCUCGACUUGGGGCUGGAUCAGACUGCCUAAUCGGAUACAAGGUAUCCUGGUGGGGGUAUAUGUAGGACUGAAUGUGCUCUUCGUCUUCGUUGGGUAUGAGACAUUUGACGACAAUCUUUAUUGGAGAAACGAUCAGGGAGCUCAGCUGUGUCGAUACGUAGCGGACCGCACAGGCAUCAUGGCCAUCUGGAAUCUCCCCCUCCUCUGGUUGACAGCCACCCGGAACGAUAUUCUACUCUGGGUAUGCGGUUGGUCGUUCGCCGACCUCAACUUGUUUCAUCGUUGGGUCGGGCGGGUGGCCACGGUGUUGGCGGUUAUACAUUCGGUAGCUUACGCUUGGAUAGCGAGGAGUCAUCUGGCUAGAAAUCUUGCCAAAGAGUAUUGGUAUUGCGGUUUGAUAGCCACAGUCUCCAUGGUGCUGUUGAUACCGCUGUCAAUCAGGUCCAUUCGCAUGGCAGCGUACGAGGUCUUUCUGGUUGUGCAUAUCGCUCUGGCGCUCGUCUGCCUGGUAACCAUGUUCUACCAUGUACGAAUCUUCAACGGGUCUUACGAUCCCUGGCUUUGGGCCUGUGUCGGCAUAUGGGUAACAGAACGCUUUCUCCGGCUCGUUCGUCUCGUGCUAUUCAGUUGGAAAGGCCUGAAUUGGUCCACCUCGAACGCCAUCAUCACCGCCGAAGACUCAUCGGAAGAUCACCUACUACGGCUCACCGUUUCCACUGCUCUAACGUAUACUCCUCAACCGGGGACAUACUACUUUCUCUACUUCCCUUCAACUUGGUCUCCUUGGGAAAAUCACCCUUUCACUUUAUCAGGAUGGAGUAAGCGGGCGGAUGGGCAGACAGACCUGCAUUUCUUAGUCAAGGAGCAAAAGGGGGCGACUAGGAGGUUGGCGCGGCGGACCAGGAGGGCGGGGAAUCGGUUGGAAUGCAGAGUCUGGGUAGAAGGGCCAUAUGGACGAUCGGCUCCGCUCAAGGAGUACAAGAAUGUUUUGAUGGUGGCUGGAGGUAGCGGGAUAGCAAGCGCUCUGCCUUACCUGCAGCACUUUCGGGAAGUAUUUGGAAACGACUCGAAACACCGGAUGCUACCUAGCUCAGUCCGCCUGGUCUGGAUCGUCCGGUCACGCGCAUACGCGAAACGAAUUGUUGAGCGCGACCUGCAGCGAGAGUUACCUGAAGGCACAUCGCUCGAAGUAGAUGUCUUUGUCACCUCAUCCGCAGACGAAGCGCAAACACCAUUGCUGGCAAGACUACAAUGUGAUGAUCGAGUGAGCGACGGUGAAUCCGAUCAAGACAGUGUCGACAAGGAGCGCUUGCGGCAGACGGCGGUAAACGCUCACAGUGGCGUUGUGGUGCGAUACCGAUCCGGAAGACCUUGCAUGGAUCAGGUGCUCGAGGACAGCCUGGAACGUAUAUCAAUAGCUAGGGGCAGGCUAGCGAUACAAACCUGCGGUCCCGCAGCGAUGAUGGAGGACCUUCGAGCUGCGCUGGUGAGACGGUACGGCAUGGGAAAAUAUGACGUAUGGGGCAGCGAGGUAGAUCUUUGGGAGGACGGGUUCGUGUGGUAAAUGCGCGCAUUACUAAGCGCAAUGUACUUGGUUGUAUGACAAAGAGGACCAGAAUUUUGUAACACGAUGCCCCUUUCUCCCACGA